AUGGAGCUACUGAACAAGAUCUGCCUGUUCGGGGCGCGCCACUGCUUCUACACGCAGUCGGCGGCUGCUGGCGCGGCUUACUGCUACGCGGUGGUGCUGGCGUACACUCUGUCCGUGAGCAUCCAGCGCGGGCGCCUGGGCGAGCACGGCCACGCGACGCAUCUGAUGCCGGUCAAGCGGAUGCGCUGGUUUCCGACGUUCCUGAGCUUCGCCUACUUCUCACGCAUCGCGUGGCUGGUGCUCAGCAAUAUGCACAUGUUCCAGUGGGUGGAAGGCUCGGCGCCCGACUUCCACUACGAGCACAUGGUGUUCGUCACGCCGCUGCUGCCUACGGACAUCGACAUUUACGUGCUGGGCGUCACGAGCUUCGGCAAGCUGGCCACGCUGCUCUACUUCUCAGCGUUCACGCUGCUACUCCGUUUCUGGGAGGACGUACGUACACAAGCUCAGCGGGCGGAGAAACCGUUGGCCCGAGUGGCGGCCAACCAGUCCGUCAUCGCCGAGUACACGCGCGGAGCCGGCGCGCAACGGUCUGGUCGAUCUAGAAAGCUGUUUCUCGUGGCCAACGUCUGGAUUUACCUGGUAGAAUGCGCCUUACUGGUGCUCAAGACACUGUUCCCCGGAGAGAAGAUGGUGCUGUUCGAAAUGGAGUACGGCUUUGUGGCCCUGUGCUUCUUCUUGCUGGCCGUCAUGCUGGCCAGGUGCGCGUUACAGCUGCGCGCCGUGCUGCUCAAGAUCGAGUUCUCAUCUCUGGCGGCCACCAUCGCGUCGAGGCUGUCGCUGAUUGGCGCUGUGUCGUCGGUGCUCUUCUUCUACCGCAGCAUACUGCUGCUUUUCUCCAUGCCGGCCAUUGACGUCUUCGACCCGCACGUAUCGAACCCGUGGCUGUUCUACGCGAUCCCAGAGCUCAUCCCGGGCGCGUUGGUCAUUUACAUGAUGAACGUCAAGAGGCUACACCAGCCGCCUCCACCGGCAUGGGGGAUCACGAAGGCAGACGAGCAGACGCCACUGCUGCAAGAGUUGCGAAGACUCUCCACCGACCUGCCGCAGUUCCAUGGGCAAGAGCUGCACAUCUAA